AUGGAACACGGUGAUUUAAUUGCGUCAUUUAUACAAACAACCGGUGCACCCGAGUCUCAAGCUCAAUUCUAUCUCGAGUUGAGUCAAUGGAAUUUAGAGCUUGCGGUUUCCCAAUAUUUCGAUAAUGAAGCAGCAGCUGAGCCUAUGAGUGAGGAAGUACCGAGAGAGCCUGCACCCACACCCACCACCGCGUCUUCUUCCUCUGCUAGCGCCAAUGCUAGAACCCCCACUUUCAACAAAAAACCAGCAGCAAAAGGGAAUGUAAAACUCGCUAGUAGAUCUAAAAUCCGUACAUUAAAUGAUAUUGGUGCAGCCAAUGAUUCAGAUGAAGAACACGAGAAUUUGUAUGCAGGAGGAGAAAAAUCAGGAGGACCUGCUCCUGAGGAAGAACCCGCUGCGAGAGUCAAGAAACCCACGUAUUAUACUGGUUCUGGAUACAGAUUAGGCAGUGAAGAUGAACCUUCUACUUUAGCUCAACCUUCUUCACCUGUUGCACCUGCUCUUGUCCAAGAAACCGAGCCUGUGACUCGCCACUUGACAUUCUGGCGAAACGGCUUCAGCGUGGAUGAUGGUCCCUUGUAUUUAUAUACGGAUCCUGCCAACCAAGAGAUGUUGACGGCUAUCAAUAGCGGCCGUGCCCCUUUGUCCUUGUUGAAUGUCCGUCACGGUCAACCUGUGGAGGUACGUGUUGUGAAACGCCAAGAGGAAGAUUACACAGCACCCCCCAAGGCACCACCCAAGCCUUUUGAAGGAACUGGUAAUCGUCUUGGCAGUCCUGCAACCUAUGUGCCACCUACAACAACCGCAGCUGCGCCAGGUGCUUUCCCUUCUUCUUCCACCUCGGCUGUUCCUCCUACUGUGGAUGAAUCUCAACCUACCACCAAUAUUCAAAUCCGUCUUGGCAACGGCACAAGAUUGACAGCCAAAUUAAACCAUACACAUACGGUGGGAGAUAUUCGACACUUUAUUGAUUCGUAA